GGUCGCUGAAGUUGACGGAACCGCCAUCUUGAAAAGUGCUGUCCGAUGAUCUACCUUUUCGCGCCUGUCAGAAUCAGUUUAAAACGCGUUAUUUUCUUACGCAAUUUCGUGUUUUCUCAGUGUUUGUUUUGAUAAGACCUGGGGCUAAUGGCAAGAUAAGCUACAUGCUGGAGACUCGUUGUUCACUGUGGUCUAUCGGUGUGUGCUGUUAAUCUACUGUAUGUGUGUUUGGUCAGUCUUUCCAUCAUCUGUCUGCCCCCGAUCUGUCCACCUGGCUAACCUGGAAUGGGCCACAACUCCCAAAGACUAGAACACAGUUAUUUUUAACCUGAGCUCCGCUGUUUGGACUGACAGCCCCUCUUCUGCCUACCUCCAACAUGUUUUGGAAAUUUGACCUACACACCACGUCCCACAUUGACACGCUGUUGGAUAAGGAGGAUGUGACUCUGACAGAGGUGAUGGAUGAGGACGAUGUGCUGCAGGAGUGCAAGGCCCAGAACCACAAACUGGUUGACUUCCUAUUGAGACCCCAGUGCAUGGAGGACCUGGUCACCUACAUCACACAGGAACCCAGCAUUGAAGUUGAGGAGAAGGUCAAAUACAAGUAUCCGAACAUAUCAUGUGAACUGCUUACAUCCGAUGUGGGCCAGAUCAACGACAGACUGGGAGAAGAUGAAAAUCUGCUCAUAAAACUGUAUGGCUUCCUGCAGAAUGAGCCGCCGCUCAACCCGCUCCUGGCCAGCUUCUUCUCCAAGGUCCUUUCCAUUCUUAUCGGACGCAAGCCAGAGCAGAUAGUGGAGUUUCUGCGAAAGCGGGAUGACUUUGUGGACCUGAUGAUCAAACACAUUGGGACAUCGGCCAUUAUGGACCUGCUGCUCAGAAUGCUCACCUGCAUCGAACCACAACAACUACGACAGGACGUUCUCAACUGGCUGAAUGAGGAGAAGGUGAUUCAGAGACUGGUGGACAUGGUACAACCUUCUCAAGAUGAAGACAGACACUCCAAUGCCUCCCAGUCCCUGUGUGAGAUCAUCAGACUGAGCCGGGACCAGAUGUUCCAGGUUCAGGGCUCCUCUGAUCCAGACCCACUUCUUUCCACACUUGAAAAGCAGGAAACUGUGGAGCAGUUGCUUUCUAAUAUCUUUGACAAGGAGAAGAAGGAAUCUGCAAUCGUCAGUGUCAUCCAGAUCCUCCUCACAUUAUUUGAGACAAGGAGACCAGCGUUUGAGGGUCAUAUGGACUGCCCUCCUGGGAUGUCCCACCCUUCAUUCUCAGUCAACCACAGCAUCCUGGAGGCUGUGAGACCACGACUCAAAGACUUUCACCAGCUGCUACUCGAACCUCCAAAGGCUAACGUGAUGAAGACAACGUGGGGGGUGCUGGACCCUCCUGUUGGCAACACUAGGCUCAAUGUGGUUAGACUGGUGGCCAGUCUCUUGCAGAGCAACACGCACAGCAUCAACACGGAACUCAUUCAACUCAACACACUGGGAGUCAUACUAGAUAUGUAUUUCAAAUACAUCUGGAACAACUUCCUCCACAUUCAAGUUGAGAUCUGCACAGCCAUGAUUCUGGCUAUGCCCCCUGCCCCCACUGACAUCCAGCCAGACACAGAGCAGGAAAAUAACAGGGAGAGCAUUCUCAUCAAACAUCUGUUUCAAAAGGGCCAGUUUAUACAGAGAAUCAUAGAGGCCUGGAGCUCCAAUGAGAAGGAUCAGGCAGAAGGUGGUCGCCGGCGAGGCUACAUGGGUCACCUCACCAGAAUAGCCAACUCCAUAGUUCAUAACUGUGACAAAGGCCCUAAUGGACCACAGAUACAACAGCUUAUCGCUGAGCUCCCAGCAGAAGACCGAGAGAAAUGGGAGGCCUUUAUUUCUGGGCAGCUGUCCGACACAAACAAGAGAAACACUGUUGACCUGGUGAAUACACACCACAUCCAUUCCUCCAGUGAUGAUGAAGUGGACUUUAAAGACAGUGGCUUUCACCAGGACUCCUCUCUACAACAAGCCUUUUCUGAUUAUCAGAUGCAACAAAUGACGUCCAAUUUUAUUGAGCAGUUCGGCUUCAAUGACGAAGAGUUUGCUGAACAGGACGAUGUUGUGGAUAUUCCCUUUGAUAGAAUAUCAGACAUCAAUUUUUCACUCAAUACAAAUGAAAGUGCAAAUAUAGCUUUGUUUGAGGCGCGCUGUAAGGACAAAAUCCAGCAGUUCGAAGACGCUGGUUCAGACGAGGAGGACAUCUGGGAUGAAAAGGAUGUGACCUUUGCACCAGAGGCACAAAGACGCCCCAGGAGUUCAGGCAGCACAGACAGUGAGGAAAGCACAGACUCUGAGGAGGAGGACGUAAAGAGAGAUUCAUUUGAAGCCUCUAACCCCAGCACCGAUGACCGAAUGGAGGUGGACACAGGGCCUGUGUGGACGGCGAACUUUGAUGACAUCCCCAUGGACACCGGUACGUCCACAGCUCCGGCAACCAGCCCCAACAACCCUGCUGCCCCCACUACUUUGUCCCCCCCACCCUCCUCUUCUACAGAGGACCUCCAGGAGGCUGCGUGGAGCUCCACCACUCCUCCUGCUACCUCCAACUCGGAAACAGGCUGGGCAGAUUUCUCCAACUUCACUCCCGUCAGCCCCAAAGACCCUCUGAGAUGCAACUCCCCUGUUGCUAUGGAAACCAGCAUAGAGACAAUGGACCCUCUGGGGGUCAAUGCACCCAUACAGCCUGAAAAUUGUGAUGGUUGGCUGGGUACUAGUGUAGCUUCUCCCCCCUCGGCCUCAGCUAAGGAUUGUGGGAGACGUAAAGAGGAGGAGGAGGAAAGCGCUCCCUCUGAGCAGCGCAGCAUCACAGAGACGGUCAUCAACGGCUCCAUGAAGGAGACGGUCAGCCUCACUGUUGAUGCCAAGACUGAGACUGCAGUCUUCAAGAGAGUUUUGAAAUCUUAUCGCGAUGAGGAAAAGAGUGCCUCCGUUGGGGAGUGUGUGGAAUCAGAGAGGGCAGGCGUCAACAGCUCAGCUGCAUCCUGCUGUCCCAACACGGGCAGUGAGAAGUUUCGGCCCGGUGUCGAGCUUCCCAACGGUCCACUGGAGGAGAUGUCUCCCAUUGAUGAGGCCAAACUGGACCAGAGUGCCGUGUCCUCGGAGCCGGCCGUCAACGGGCCGGCGUGAGGGUCUCCUGAUGCCAGCUGACGUCCAGCCUGUUCUGCCACACAGGACCUCCUGCUGACCAACCAGCGGAGACCUUUGCACAGAGCUGUACCAACCCCCCCUCCCCCUUCCCCCAGGACCAGCAAUACUCCUAUUGGCUCACCACUGACGGACAAGACAGGUGUACAGACACAGGACGAACUGAGAAGCAAACUGAGAGACACUCAAACUGAUACAGAAUAUCUUUUUUUCUGCAUUUGUUUAUAUACUAAUGUUCUUAUGAGGUGAUGUGCAACUGAUAUCUUGCAACUCGAAAUUAAAUGGUAAUGUUGUUUUUAGUUAAAGAAAUGAUUGUAUGAAUAAAAUAUUUUAUAAAAAGAAAUGUAUACAGUAACAUAAGAUGAAUUCCCACAGAGUCAGAAAAACUGCAACAGUAGCUAUAUUAAAUCUCUGUCCACCCCCGUACCCCCCCCCCCCCCCCCCAUUGGUCAGAGUCUCCAGAGUCUCCAAACACAUUUUUUGAAAUAAUACUUUUGUUGCAGGUAUUAUUUGUAAAUGUUCUUCUGCAUUGAGUAAGAUAUGACAAGCUUUUUUUUAUGGGGUGUAAUUAUUUUUAUAUUUAUUAUGAAAGUAACAAUGGUUUUGUUACUGAAGAGCUGGACCAAAACACCGUCCCUCCUUCCAUUAAGGCUGCGUUGGUGCUGACUGGGGGACCAAGAUCCAGUGAGACGUCAUGGGGGACUAAACUGCGUCAGAAACAGUUUGAAGAUACAAAGUGAAGCAUUUUAAGCACUUGGUAGCUGGCUGCUUGGAGACAGAAAUUCCUUUAAAGUGCCUUGCUCUCAACAAGUUCCAAUGAACUGAUGAUGAUUAUUAGGCUCUGUUCAGACUGACAGCUGGGAAGAAAGAAAAACUACACCAAAUGUGAGGCGGUGCUCAGGCAAAGUGGCUCAAUGAUUGUUGUAACCUGAACUCUCCGGUCACCUUGCUAAGUUGGGAAAGCGUCUUCCAACAUACUGU